UUGGCAGGAGCAUGUUGGAGCAUGCGAUGCGAAUAAACCGUCGGAACGAUUUCUAGCAUUGUGAAUACAAGGUUUAAGCGUCACACGAAAAAGGCGGAGAUAGUCUCUCAGAAGUUCAGGUUUAUCGUGGUUGAACUAGAGUUUAUUGUUUUUCCGUUGAAUACAUGGUAUUUGUACUAUAGUCAAUAUUGGUUUGCACAGCGCAUCUAUCGAGACAGUGCAAAAUAAUCAACACGAAACAAUACAGUUAGGUAGCAACUAUCAAAAAUGUUAUCUGCAAUUGUCAAAGAACACCAGAGCAAACAAGCUGUGAGAAAAGAAAGACAAGAGCAAAAGCGGAAAGAAGCUGUUCAAGCUGCAAGCAAUCUGACACAAGCCCUUGUUGAUCACUUGAAUGUUGGUGUAGCUCAAGCAUAUUUGAAUCAAAAGAAGCUAGAUGCUGAAGCAAAACAACUACAACACAGUGCAACUAAUUUUGCUAAACAAACGCAAUUAUGGUUGAAUUUGGUAGAAUCUUUCUCAAGCUCUUUAAAAGAAAUUGGAGAUGCAGAAAAUUGGGCACGCAGUAUAGAAGGAGAUAUGAGAACUAUAGCCACAGCUUUGGAAUAUUCAUACAAAGCCACGCAAGAAAAUCAAAGUGUUGGUAAUGUUUAAAGAUAUGUGAUAUGUAGGACAUUGUUUUUUCUAAAUAUAAUAUGGUUAGUGUCAUGAGUAGUAUGAAGAUUUUUUUAAAAAUAAUUUCAUGAUAUGAGUGAUGAUUUCAUUUUGUUAAGAUAUAAAGUUAAUGCGAUUUAAGUUGUCAAAGAAAAAACUGUUGUACAUAUUUUUUAGAACUAAAUUGUGGACAUUAAUUAAGUCUAUUCUACAAUGUGCUCUUUGUUUCCUGUUUGCUUUUUCCCACUUUUGCAACCGUUUUAUCAAGAAUUGCUUUUUUUGCUACAUGUUUCCUGUUUCUUCCAAAGUUCAACUUUUAUCUCGGGUGACAUAAAAUAAGAAACCGGAUAAGAAGCAAAAAGCAAAAUGUAAAAAAUAGCA